AUGGCGUACAUCGGAAUUUACCCGAAUAAAGAAAAUGUGAGAAUUUACGGCCGAGAUCGAGUCUUCGAAUAUCUCACAGGUGGAAAAUUCACUGGGUCUACGUUCUGCAAAACUUGCGGCGUUCAUGUUUUUAGCAACAUUUAUGGCCCUCCCAUAAGCAUCUUUGACAAACUUCCAGCGGAGAGGAAAGAGAGGGCCUUGUCAGUGUAUUACAAGAAUAUGGCAAUGCAGCCUCUAAAUUUGCGGGCGAUAGAGGACGUGAAAUUAGACACUCUUCGCCCGCUGAUCAAGAGGGAAGAUGAAGGAACAGAUGGGUAUGGGCUUGAUCCCUGA